UGGGCGGAGCCAUAGCGACGCCGACGCCUAGGACGGCGGCGCUGGUGAGAGAUCAGUCUCAGCACGGAAAGCUGGACCUGGGGGCGGGGCGUCCCCCCGUCCGCUUCCCUGGACUAGCUUGGUCUAUCAGGAAAAGGGGGCGGCGGGCUGUCUUCGGAUCGGGGAUUCGACGAACUCCCAGGGCCACGGGCCGCUGGAGGGUCGGGGAGGGGAGGCCGCGCCGCCGCCGAAGGGGCCCUGUCCCUCUCGGGCCAUGUCCUUACGCUGCGCGGCGGCCAUCUCGGGGGCUCGGCUCCUCUGCCAGAGCCGCUGGGGCUCGAACGCUACAAUUCCGGUCUGGUAUGGUGCGGAGGAUGGGAAACAGAACAUCCUCUUCCAUGGAUAAAUCAGAAAUUGCUCCUAUAAAUCAGAUCCAGGAAACAAUUUCACAUAAUUGUGUAGUGAUCUUCUCAAAAACAUCCUGUUCUUAUUGCACAAUGGCAAAAAAGCUUUUCCAUGACAUGGAUAUAAAAUAUACUGCUGUGGAAUUGGACAUGCAUAAAUAUGGAAGCCAGUUUCAGGAUGCUCUUCUAAAAAUGACUGGUGAAAGAACUGUUCCAAGAAUUUUUGUCAAUGGGACUUUUAUUGGAGGAGCAACUGAUACUCAUAGGCUUCACAAAGAAGGCAAGCUGCUUCCAUUAGUUCAUCAGUGUUAUUUUAAGAAGUUUAGAUCAAAGAAUUUCUGACUGUAAUGUAGGCUCUCCUUGGCUGUGCUGGCAAAUGUCUGCUUUUUAGUCAUUUUGCUUAUAAAACAUUUAAAUAAUUCUUUGAAAAUACAAAAUCUUAAUCAAAGAAUAGUCUAUAAAAUGAACAAUAAAGACCUGUGAAACCUACUAUAAAUAUUCCUUUUCCGAUAACACUUUCAGGUGAAGCUAAUUUUUUUUUUUUUUGCAACAUGGAGGCUGACACUUUGUAGCCUUAAUUUUGUAAUUUAAUCUGAGAAACCUCAUAGUGAUGGAAUACACCUUUUCUUAGAAAACAUUAAAAUAUUGUUAAAACUCUUAUUUGAAAACUGAAGUUAAGGAUUAGGGAUUUGCAGUCUCACAGAUUCAAUGGGAUACCCUAUUUUCUGUUAAUACUUCCCAACCAGGAUUUGGAUACUAGAUCUGAUCAUUGGCUAUCCAACUUAUGUGUAAUGUGAGGAAAAUAAAAUGGGAAUCAAUCAAUAUAUAAUCCUUCUUUAUUGUCUAUUACUCCUGAUCGUAGUACAACUAAUUCGUAGACAUUAGAGGGAUAUUGCUUUCAGUAUAAGGUGUAAAGAACAUUGUAAUUAUUAGACCUGUCCCCAAAUAGAAUGGGCUGUUUUGUUAGGAGGGGGUAGUUGGUUUCCCAUGGUAAAAAAUGUUUAGGUAGAGGCUCCAUUACAAUUUGUCAGUCAUGUUGUAAAGAUUUGCUUUGGAUAGGAAUUUCAAUUAAAAUUUUUAUCACUGUAUCUCAAACCCAGUCUAGUAACCCAGAGUUGAUUAAUAUUUCAGCUUAAAACACUCCUUCAGGCCAUAUUUGAAAUGCAAGAAGAAAUCAAUUUACAACAUAAGGAAGAAUAUAUCUUUAUCACUUCCUAUUUUAUCAAUUAGUUACACCACAGUCCUAGUUUGUUCAGUGUUUACUAGGUGCAAGGCAGGGUUACUAUUUUAGGUUACAUGACAUCUAGAGAAGAGUUAGCUAUACAUGGUUAAGAACCCAGAGGAUGAAAACAACUUUACAUAAAAAAGAAACAGACUUCAGUGGUCAAAGAAUGUUACUUCUUUAUUCCUGAUUACACUCCAUUUAAAAAGAGGCAGCUUAGAGUAAUCAAGAUUUUUCUCUCCUCUUCAGAUUUAUUUGCACUGCACAGAAAACCCUGAAACACUCUGAAAUUUAUAUAGUGCAGUCCUACUGACAUUUAUUAAGGGCUCUAUCAUUCAUAUGCAGCACUGUAACAGAUGUUGGGAAUACAAGGACAAAAAUGAAGUAGAUAGGCCCUGCCUUCAAGGACCUUAUGUUUUUUUAGAGAUAUAUGAUAACUUGGAGAGGGAUGUGAGAAAGCCCUUUACUACUGAAGAUCAGGGCAUUAAGAACUCUUCGAUAUUCCAGGAAAAACUUUCAAACAUCAAACAGCUUUGCUGUUAUGGUCAAAUAUGAAGGAUUUUAUUCUCUGCCAUUGGUUUAAAAGCAAUAACACUAGGCAUUUUUCAUUCUGCAAACCCUAAAUUUUUUUUUAAACCCUUACCUUCCGUCUUGGAAUCAGUAUUGGGUAUUGGCUCCAAGGCAGAAGAGUGGUAAGGGCUAGGCAAUGGGGUCAAGUGACUUGCCCAGGAUCACAUAGCUGGGAAGUGUCUAAGGCCACAUUUGAAACUAGGACCUCCCGUCUCUGGACCUGGCUCUCAAUCCAGUGAGUCACCCAGCUGCCCCUAAACCCUAAAUUUUUUCAAAAAGCUAACCUGUUCUUAGAUUUUACAAUAUUCAUGCAAUUUGAAAAAAAUCCAUAAUGAAUUCUUAGAACAGCUUUUAAUUUUAUAUAAUCUACCUGUAAUUAGCUGGGCCUAGGGUGGCAACAGUUAUUGCUGAACUUUGCAUUUCAUCUCAGCUCUUCUUUACAGAUUAAUAAGAAUAUUAAUAAGAGGGUUUAUAGAUCUCUAUAGAUGUUAGGAAGGAGGGAGAGGAGAUCUGUGUAUUCAGAUGGGGAAAAAAAAUUACAACUUUAUUUUGAUUAACCUCUUAACAAAAUUUUAGCAUUUCCUUCAGUUAAGAAUUUUAUUUCUUUUAUUUUUUCAAACCCUUACCUUCCAUCUUGGGAUCAGUGCUGUGUAACGGUUCCAAGGCAGGAGUGGUAAGGGUUAGGCUAGGUUAAGUGACUUGCCCAGGGUCACACAGCUGGAAAGUGUCUGAGGCCGGAUUUGAACUCAGGACCUCCCAUCUCUAGGCUUGGCUCGGAAUCCACUGAGCCACUCAGCUAGCUGCUCCACCCCCCACACCUACACCCUCAGUUAUGAAUUUUUUACAAAACAUUCUGAGAAGGAUCCAUCGGUUUUACUAUUUUACCAACAGGGUCCAUGAAACAAAAAGGUCAGGAACCCCUGAUCUUCAUGAAUGUUAUUCUCUGAUGCUUUUGACUCCUGUACACAAAGUGUAUUUUGUUUUGUGUUGUGGUGGGGUGGUUCUAUAAACAUUGAAACAUUACAGUUAUUAAAUCUUUUAAAUUCAUUCUAUCAGAAUUUUAGAGCUGAAACUCCAGAAGUGUCUUCAGUGUCCUUUAUUGAAGGUAUAAGGGGGACCUUAUACAUGAUUUGCUUAAGGUCAUCCAGCUAUUUGAGAUUGUUAUGCAUGUCUCCUGCCUCCCAGGCCAGUGUUUGUUUGUUUUUUGCCUUAUACAAAGUGUCGCUUAUUGAUAAUAUUUUCAAUUCUCAUAUUGUUAAGAAGUGAAGUUUAGGAGAUAUAAUAUAUUCUUUCAAAACAUAAUUUGUCUCAUUUAUUAUCAACCAAUUUUGUUUUUACUUAAAAUAUGAGUUGAAGGCAAGAAGUGAAAAACUCUUAUUAGAAGAGGAAAGUAUUACCAAAACAAAAUUUUAGCAAUAAAGUAGAGGGACAAUAAAAUGGAAAAGAUGAACUGACAUUUAUAUAAAGUGAUUUCUUACAAGGCUGUGAAAGAGAAAAGAGAGAAAGAGUAAAGUAAAACUAUUAUCUAUGUGAAAUAAAAUUAUUUUCUUAUGGUAACAACCAAGUGUUAGAAGUAGUAUUUAAAUCCUACAUUGGGGGGACUUACAUCAGGAAAUCAGUUUGCCUAGUUUUUUCUACUCGGGUAUCACGUUAUAUUUACAUACUGGGGGAAAUACUGUUUCUAAUAACGUAUUCAAUAAUAAAAAUUGAUGGUCAAAUUUCCUUCAGUUGUUAAACUUUCAUAUGGAAAAGGAUUAUUCAUAAAGAAAAUUGUAAUUUUCAUUUCUUCCCUUUUCAUAUCAUUAGCUAUAACUAAAAUAUGGAACUAUAGAAACAGGUUUCUAAAGGAAUUAAACUGGCCUAAAUCUUAAAUAUUUUUCAUUGUGUUCAAAUGAACACUAAAUUAUAUAAUUGAAUGGGUUAAGUGUUCUAGGGUCUAGUUUCUAGUCCCAGGGUAUUACCAUGAACUCAGAAGAAAGGUUAAUUGGGCACAUAUCCCAAAGGGUUUAUUUGCCGAUAGGUAAUGGUUUAUUCUUAUAUGUAAAACAACCUAAGAGAAGUUUUUUAUAGCUACAAAUCUAUUUCAUAGCUCUUCAGUAUAUUUUAUUAAACUUUUUUGUUUUCUCAGAGGAAUCUAACUUAACUGCCCAUUAGAGCUCAUGCCAUCUGCCUGGGUUCAGUAAUUGUAUUUUUAUUAUUUUAUUAUGCAUUCCAUUCUUUUUCUCUUAUUUAGUCAUUAUCGCACAAUAAAGAGUGUCCCAAGCCAUAUUUUCCAGUAAAAUUCUUAGAUGGAUUCUAGGUGACUUGUAUGGUUAUAGAAUAUUAUUAUGGUGUAUCAUGUGUUCAAAUUUCUUAACAUGAAUUGCUAUGCAAGGCUGUUACCCUUUUUAUGAGACAAAUUUGAAUGUAUUUAAAAUACUAAGCACUACAAAUAUUUCAUGAGAAAUAAAAAUAAUUCAUGAUGUAGUUUA